UAAUCUUCAAUUAAAUGCAGGAAAAAUCGAUUAAUACCAAAAACAUUUCCAUUUUCCGAAACAGCUGUUCCCUUUCUUCUCUCUUUCCGAUUUUAAUCCGAAAAGCUAAAGAAAAAAACAGACAUCAUAACUCCCUCGGAGAAACAUAAAAAGUUUCGGUUCUUAUUAUCCCCUUUAUGGUCUAACUCAUCCCCUAUGCCGUCACGACCAAUCUCGUCACCGUCUCCGGCAUCCCCACCGCCGUCUAGCCGCCACGACAAAACACCACCGUUAACGGCGGCCGCCGCCGGCGGAUGUUUCUCUCUCUUCAUCACUCUCUCCGUCUGCUUCUGCAAACUCACCCGGAAACGUCCACCGCCACCUCCCGCCGGAGCCACCGCCUCCUCCUCCCCUCCGCCGCCGCGUGAGUUCUCUUACUCCACUCUCCGCCGCGCCACCGCCUCCUUCUCCCCCACCAACCGCCUCGGACAAGGCGGCUUCGGCGCGGUGUUCCGGGGAACACUCUCCUCCGGCGAGAAUGUAGCCGUCAAGGUGAUGGACUCAGGGUCUCUCCAGGGAGAAGCCGAGUUCCAGAACGAACUCUUCUUCGCCGGUAAGCUUCUUGACUCGUCGCCUCACGUGGUCCCCGUCAUCGGCUUCUCGCACGAUAAGAAACGACGACGUUUGCUUCUUGUUUACGAGCUUAUGGAUAACGGUAACCUCCAGGACGCGUUGCUUCACAGGAAGUGCCCUGAGCUUAUGGAGUGGAGUAAGAGGUUUCUUGUUGCGGUUAACGUCGCCGAAGGUAUCGAGCAUCUUCACGGUCUUGAACGGCCGGUGAUUCAUGGAGAUGUGAAGCCUAGUAAUGUUCUGUUGGAUAAAGACUUUAACGCGAAGAUCGCUGACUUUGGCCUAGCUAGAGUUAAGCCGGAGCACGUGGAGAUGAUAACUCUUGACGGUGGCGGCGGAGGUGGAGGAGGGCCGGAGGAGGAGUUGGAGAGUGUGAUCACUACUGCGACUGGUUAUGAAGAUUUUAAUUUUGGGCCGGUUGUUGGUUCUUCGCCGGAGAUGAGAGCAGCACCGUUGGAAUCUCCGGAGACGGUUGUCUCCGUUUCUCCGGAGAAGGGGAAGGAGAGUGAGAGGAGAGAUUGGUGGUGGAAGCAAGAGAGUAAUGUGGAGAGAGGGAAAGUUAAAGAGUAUGUGAUGCAGUGGAUUGGUUCUGAGGUGAAGAAGGAGAGACCAAGCAGUGUUGAUUGGAUGACGACAGCUUCUUCUUCUGAGUCGAGUAAGAAGAAGAGUAGCAAGAGACUAGAGUGGUGGCUUUCGUUGGAGGAAGAGAGUGAGAAUAAGAAGAAGAAGAAGCGGAGGAUGGUUAGAGAGUGGUGGAAAGAUGAGUAUCGGAGAGAAGUCUCUAAGAAAAAGAAGAAGAAGAAAACAUUAGAAUCCGAGUUCUGUAGUGAUGAUGGGCGUCGUAGUAACAGCAAAGGUAGCAGCAUAGAUUGGUGGUUAGAUGGGUUAAGAGCACGUGGCAAUAGCCAUGACUCUGUGUCGGUGAGUGGGGAGAUGGCUAAGAGCUGUGGGAUAAGUAGCACGCCGAGUAUGAGAGGAACUGUGUGCUAUGCAGCGCCUGAGUAUUGUAACGUAGAUAAUAACAAUGUGUCUGAAAAAUGUGAUGUGUAUAGCUACGGUGUACUGUUGUUAGUUCUUGUUUCCGGGAGGCGGCCGUUGGAGAUGACUGGUUCUGCGAGUGAGAUCCAACGGGCGAAUCUCAUGUCUUGGGCGAGGAAGCUGGCGAGAAAAGAGAAGCUUGUUGAUCUUGUCGACCAGAAGUUGCAAAAUUUGGACCAAGAACAAGCAGUGUUGUGCAUAAAAGUGGCGUUGCAGUGUCUGCAAAGAUUGCCGGUUUCACGACCGUCUAUGAAAGAGGUUAUAGGGAUGCUUAAAGGAGAAGUGAGUGUUCCGUGACAAUGAAGCCAUGGUCAUUGACAAACUUAGAAAUCGAUAUGUUUGUUAAGUGUUAGUGUUAGACACUUUGAUUUAGUUUCAUAAUACUGCUCCAACAUGUCAGGCUAAGUCUGUUUUUUUGUUUCUUUACACGCAUGGACAGAGAGAGAGAUAUUGUUUGAUUGUUUUGUUGAUUGCACAAACUAGUUCAUGACAUGUGUAUAUAAUAAUUUCGUUUCCGAC